AUGACUGAGAUAGCUACUGUACAGAGAUCACAUUCUCGCGACAAGCCUAAGGAUGGUACAGAAGACAGUAGUGGUCAUCAAGAGAAUCUUUACGUUCAAGGACAUGGUGCAUAG